AUGACGCGUUUACGGAACCACGCGCGCGUCGCGCGACGAAAGACACAAGAUGUUGGUUUUUCGUCAAAGACUUGGAUCAUCCGCGCGCUCGCCCUCGCGACGCUCGGAUGCGCGCUCCCAGUGCGCGUCGACGGUCGGUUUCACGCGACAAAGCUCACGUCUUCCGCGCCCGCGGGUCCGGGAUCGACGGACGUGAAGGUUUUAGAUUCGAAAUCUCUGAGCGACGUCGGGGAGAGCGGCGCCGAGGCGGUUCUGGUUGAGUUUUACCUUCCGUGGUGUCCGCAUUGUCAACACUUCGCUCCGAAGUACGCGGAAGCGGCGAGAUUGGUGAAGGAGAGCGUGGUGUCGUACGCGGUGAACUGCGAAAGGGAAGGGGGAUUGUGCUCGGCGUUCGGGGCGCAUCGGUAUCCGACGGUUUUGUUCGGAGCGCCGAGCGCGUUCGCCGAGCGACGAUCGAAGGAUGUGAAGAAGUACGAAGGAAAGCCUUACGAAACGGACGAUCUGGUGAGAUUCGUGGAUGGUGAGUUGGGUACGACGUACGCUCGUGCACUUUCGGGAGAGAAGAGGCCGACGGGCGACUUGGAGCGACGAAAGGCAAUGGAGAGUCGUCGAGAAAUUGUGAACGCGGACGGGUCCAAGGUGGUGAUCAGCGAGUUUGCGAGCACGGCGGACAUAGAGCGAGCGACGGUGGAGAUGUACGCGCAGAUGACUUCGGAGGCGGUAUUUGUAUCCACAUCGGAGGCACGAAAGGCUUUCGCGAACUUUAUCGGGCUCGCGUCCAAAGCGCAUCCGCUCGAGCCGUGUUAUCGCGGAUUGACCAACGUGUUGACCUCUCUAGACGAGCGUUGGCCCGAGGACGGGUCGCGAUCGACUGAUGAAAUUCGAAUAGCGCUCUCCGCGAACGUGCACGUGUGCGGGAUCGCGCGCGGGACUGCGGGGACGAUUGUUCCCAGAUGGACCGAUUGCAAGGGUAGCGUCGAGGGCAUGCGAGGAUACACGUGUGGGUUGUGGACGCUCUUGCAUGCGAUAUCGGUGCGCGUACCUCUGUCAAAAGUCUCCAACGCGGAGUUUAUUAACGCACUUGAGGGAUGGAUUCGUGUCUUUUUCCCGUGUGAGGAGUGUCGAGCGCACUUUUUGUCACUCAUCGAAAAUCCGGAGACUGGUUUCGACGCAUACGUCGAUCGCGCCGACGGGGCGGCGAUUUGGCUGUGGAACGCGCACAACCUCGUGAACGCGCGACUCGCACGGGAGGAGGCGAACGCGUCGGAUAAGACCCUAAACGGUGGGCGCGUCGGUGGGGUGUUGAACAAGGGAGACCCGUCCCAUCCAAAGGUUCAGUUCCCGACAAAGAGUCUCUGCCAGUCGUGUUACUCGCGCAGCGCCGGCGGGGAGGACUCUUGGGACGAGGUGCACGUAUCGCAAUUCCUAACUGUACACUACCUUGGCGACGGUUUUCGACGCCCGCUUGACAUGAAGACAGCGACGAAGAAGGCGGAUUUCCUCGCGCCCUUCAUCGACGAUCAAUCGAGGUACCGUGACGAGACCAAGCGAAAGCGCCGAGCGCUCCAUCUGGGCGAGCGAGGCGAGAGCGUGUACGACAUCUUCUGGAUGAGCACGCGAUAUUUCUUCAUGUUCGCCUUCAUAAUCUUCAUGGGUGUCAAGGCGGGCGUCGUCGGUCUCUUUGAUGCGCGUCGACAGCCUCGAAGCAGAUCGCCGCUCGCGUCGGAUUUAUCCAAGACGCCAUCCUUCGACAAGUUGGCGUGA